CCAGCAUGCCGUCGUCUCCACCUCCGAACUCUGCCUUUGAGCAUGGCCGCCGAGGUCAAAUUCGCAGAUAUCUCCAGAAAUUUACCACCACAAUCCGAAGAGGAAGUAAGGAUUCCGACGCGGAAAAUAACAUUCCUCAUUCCAGUGCCGAGACAAAUGACACUCAGGAACAUUCCCAUGAUGAUACAUUGUUCAUAAACACAAUCGAUGCAGACCAGCUGUCACCAACACGUGAGGCUCCCGAGGAGCAAUCUCGACCUACACCACCGGUGUCAACUGAAACAUUCCAUGUCGAUCGUGCUUCUGUCUACCAGGAAAGGGCCCAGAAGUUGCGUGACAGGUAUGGGAUGAAUAUUGCUGGUAGCGAUCGCUCUACUUUUCCUGCCACUGCUCGCCGUGUUCAGAAGUCUGCAAGGAUGCGUGUUCACCGUAGCUGUCAUGAAUGUGGUGUUGACUUUGGCCAUGGUGUCAACUGUCGAGCUUGUCAUCACAGGCUGUGUGGAGAUUGUCCCCGUACCCCAGGAAGGNNGGGGAUCAAAGAAGCCAUGGCUCAAGCGAGGGAGUUCCCUUUCCACGUUGUCGCUGAAGAGUCGUCGACGAGUCCAGACCUUCCCAUGACAGAAGCACCUGCCGUUGUCGCGAAUAGUCUUGACAUCCCCAAUACCAUGACAUCUACCAGCAAACAAGUCUCAAAACCUUCGACAUCUAUGGAACCUAUCCUAGCCGAUGACAGCUGUCUACCACCAUUGGAAGUCGAUGAUGAUAUUCCUGAACGUUCUCCAAUUCCUAUCGCAUACACCUCCCGUCAUGGCAAAGGCAAAGAAGACAUUUCUAUGUCACCUCGUUCAUCUCGCCAUGUGCCCUACCCCAUAUCCACCAUCAGGGAUCCGAUCUUGAGGGCUCCCUCAGGCGUGCAGCGCGUGUACCGCAAACCUCGUCAACGGGUUCGCUACACAUGUCACGAAUGUUCUACACCCUUCCAGAGCCAUAACAGAAUAUGCGGCAAAUGUGCUCACGCGCGCUGUUAUGAGUGCCGCGAUCGACCAUCUCACAAGUCGCACAGAUCACGACCGGAUCCAAGACUGGUUGAAGCUGUCGACGAACGUCUUGCCCAUGUUCGGAAG